AUGGCUGGCAAUACAUUGAUAUAUAGCUUAUUCUUAAUUUCAAUCCUGCAAAUGUCUCAUGGAUGCACUUUAUGCCCUCUGCGGGUCCCACCUCGUCCACGUCCAUUGAAUCAGUACAAACUGCCAAGCCUUAUGGAAUUUGAGACUGAUAAUCAAAAACAAUUUUGCAGUAUAGCAAAAAAUCUACAAGUUGACACCCAGUGCAGGGUUUCAUUCGAAAGAAUUAUGUGUUCCAUUGAUAGCAUGAUGGAAAAGUGUCCAGGGAACGAGAAUCCUUUAGAUUGCUCUUCGUGUUCGUAUAAAAAGCAAAGAAGUGGUUGGAUUUAUAAUUGGAUCGACUCAUUAGGAAAACCUGGAGCUGGAAUAAGUGAUGGAAAUUACUACUGGCUUGGAGAUUAUGAAACUUGCCAAGUUCUGCGGAAAUCAGGGGAUUUUGAUGGAAAAUAUUGUAGAAUAAAGCUAGAAGUUCCCGAUUCUCUAGUGGAAGAGAAUUGUCCUCAAACAGAUCCUUUGGCUAUCAAUAUUGGAGUCUGUUUUCCUGCUGCAUGCUCAUCGGAAACAUUGGAGAAUAUUACAAGAAAUAUUUCUCCUUACCAGACACAAGUUGAUUGCGAGUUUGAAGUCAAUUGGUCAUCUGCAGCAGCUGAUAUAACAACUAUCUCCGGUUUUUGGGUUGCCUUCAUUGUCAUUAUAUCAGUAUUGACUGCUUGUAAUUAUAAAUUUUCUGCUCGUUUGCAACGAGCUUGCUCACUCCAACUCAAUGUGAAAAAAGCACUAUCAACAAAAAGGAUGCAUAUGGAACACCUUUAUCCACUUCAUGGAGCUGAGUUUCUCAUUUUCAUGUGCGUUAUGACGGGGAACGUCUACAAUUAUGCCAUGCCUUAUAUAGAAAACGUGGCUUUUUCCUUUGAUGGUGUUCACUCUCCAUCCAUGCUUCUGGUGAAUAAUUACUCAUACCAAAUUGAUGGUUUGUUUGCUCUCUCAGCCUUAUAUACAACAUUUCUUUUGUAUGGAAGUCUGAAGAAAGUCAAAGAUGUUCUUAAAGUCUUUUUUGCUCGAUUUUUAAGAAUAUGGCCAGCGUAUGUUUAUUGUAUCUUUUUCAUGAUGUUUGUGUUUGUGCGUGUCUCCUCCGGCCCUAUGUGGAUACAUUCGGAUACAGUCCAGAGAUGCAAAAGCAGUUGGUGGAAAAACAUUUUGUUAAUCAAUAACUUCGAUAGUGUGCGUAACACGUGUAUUGAUUUUGGUAGCGGGAUAUCCCUAGAAGCUCAGUUCUUCGCUGUGCUGCUUCUCAUGAUCUACUUAGCUCAAUCUCAUUUUGCUUCAGUUUUGGGUUUCGCAUUUCUAGCUUUAUUCACAUGUUGGACUACUUCAUUUGUUUACAUUUAUUACAAGGUAAUACCUCCAGUUCCUAUUUUAACAGCCGAACCUAUAGCCGAAGAAAAAAUUGAAAAGAUAUUAGAAGUUAUGCAAUUUCCUCUAUAUCGGGCUCCAGCUUUUCUGAUUGCUUUCAUUUUUGGUGUUUUAAUGAAAACAACAUCUUCGGACGAAGAACCAAAUAAAAUACAUGUUUUUUGGAGAAAGUACUCACCAGGAUUGCUUGUGAUUUGGAAUAUAGUUUCUGUUUUCUUUGUGCUAUUCGCUCUUUUUCCUUAUGCCUCACGUAAUAUAGGACAUCCGAAAUUUUUAUGCUGGAUGACAGCGGUUCUAUCGUGGAGAGUGUUCUUCCCAUUGUCAAAACUAACAUGGAUUGCUUUGGUUGUGGCCGAACCCGUGAUUCUUUAUUUCUUUACUUCUCUCAAUCGCCCUUCAUAUGCGACUCAUUGGAAUAUGAUUUACUCUGCUAUAUCUGCAGCAACAAUGAGCUAUAUGAUAGCUUUCCUCAUCGAUAUUUUCUUGACCAGGCCUAUCAAAAGUCUUUUAACAAACCCGUCUAUCGAUUCAUACACGGAAUGUCGCAGAAAUGAAAGACUAGAGCAUCAAGAAAGGUGUGAUUAA